AUGGCAAUGGCAAGUAACAAAACACAAUGUUUUACAUAUGAUAAAGAGAAAAUAGCAUAUUCUUGUCAAGGAUGUUCAAAAGAAUUUUGCUCUAUGGACUUAGCAAAACAUCAACAAAUACUAAAUGAAAAACUAGAUCAUAUUAUUAAUGAUUAUAAUGAAUUUAAACAAAUAAUGAAUGAACAAAAGCGAAAUCCAGAAAAGCAUUCAUUAAUAAAGCAGAUUGAUCAAUGGGAAAUAAAUUCAAUUGAAAUAAUUCAAGAAAAAGCACAAGAGUGCAGAGAUAUAUUCAUUAAAUCAUCACAAACAUGUAUCAAAGAUAUUGAAAAGAAAUUUAAAGACUUGAAUGAACAAAUAAAACAGAUUCAUCAAGAUAAUGAGUUUAACGAAAUGAAUUUAAAUUAUUUAACAAACCAACUGAUAAAAAUGACAGAAGAAUUAAAUAAUCCAUCAAAGAUUUCUAUUCAACAAGAUUCACAACCAUUUAUUCAUGAUAUUUCAAUUAUAUUAUCGAAAAAACCAAAAUUCAAUAAAUGGAAACAAGAUGCCAUCACUGUAGCUGGUGGAAAUGAACAAGGACAGAAAUUAAAUCAAUUCAAUUAUCCUGAAGGAAUCUUUGUUGGCGAAAAGAAGAAUAUUUUUAUUGCUGAUAGUUACAACCAUCGUAUUGUUGAAUGGAAAUGUAAUGCAAAGGAAGGACAAACUAUUGCAGGUGGAAAUGGUAAAGGAAAUCGAAUAUAUCAAUUGAAUUAUCCAACUAAUGUUAUUUUUGAUCAACAAAAUCAUUCGAUCAUCAUUGCUGAUUAUGGAAACAAACGAGUGAUACAAUGGAUGAACCAGAAUCAACAAGUUCUCAUCGACAAUAUUGACUGUUGGGGUUUGGCAAUGGAUAAACAUGGAUUUCUUUAUGUUUCUGAUACUAAGAGGAAUGAAGUGAGACGAUGGAAAAUGGGAGAAUACGACAACGAAGGAAUUGUAGUAGCUGGUGGAAAUGGAAAAGGAGACGAACUUAAUCAACUUAGUUAUCCUACUUUUAUCUUUGUUGAUGAAGACCAAUCUGUGUAUGUUUCAGAUAAAUGGAAUCAUCGUGUAGCGAAAUGGAGAAAAGAUGCAAAUGAAGGCAUAGUUGUGGCUGGAGGAAAUGGUGAAGGAGGAAAUCUGAAUCAAUUGUCUGAACCUGCAAGAGUAAUUAUUGAUUAUUUGGGUCAAAUCUAUGUGGCAGAUUUUGGGAAUGAUCGAAUAGUGCGUUGGUGUGAAGGAAAAGAAGAAGGUGAAAUUGUUGUUGGUGGAAAUGGUGAAGGAAAUCAAUCAAAUCAAUUGAAUCAUCCCAUGGGUAUAUCGUUUGAUGAUGAAGGAAAUCUUUAUGUUGCUGAUCGUUGGAACCAUCGAAUUGAGAAAUUUGAAAUAAUUUUGUGA